AUGGUGUUAUCUCGAUGUUUAAAAGAAGAAAAGAAAAAUUUAAUCAGCAUUUUGAAAGUCAACGAGGGUGUUCAGUGCUCGUAUGUAUUCAACAAAAGGCCAUUUGAGAAUAUGAUGAUCCGUAAUUGUGUUUAUCUUCAAUCCCUUCAGUAUUCUCUAUCCGACGAAGAAGUUGAUUCGAAUGAAAUCACCGCCAAAAGAAAGAAAUUUGCAGAAGAUUCUGGUCUUUAUGGUGGAACUUGGAAUAUUCAAAAAAAAAUUUUAAAUCUUCAUCUUAUUGAGAUUGGUUGGGUAUUGUUAAAGUUCUUCGGUCCAUUAACGGCAUCUCUCGAGAGAUGA